AUGCCGCCCGCCAAGCGGUCGCGCCGCGCCUCGACGCCGUCCAGCGCCGCCUCCUCCUCCUCCACCUCGCCCUCGCCGCCGGCGCAGAAGCGCUCGCGCAAGCUCAGCAAGGCAGACACCGCCGACGACGGCGAGGACGACUACGAGGCGGAGCGAAGGCGGCGCAUCGCCGAGAACGCCGCGCUGCUCGAGUCGCUGGGCCUGGGUGGCGCACACAAGGAGGAGUUCCGCGCGCCCAAGCCGCCGCCCAAGCCCAAGGCGCCUCGCCCACGGCCCUCGUCGCCGGCCAGCGAUGCUGAGCCGGCGCCCCUGCGCCGCUCGUCGCGUGCGCGGCCCGUCAAGCCAGAGCCCGAAGUGCGCCGCUCGAACCGCGCCGGACUGCGCAACUCGCAGGCGCGAGCAGCCUCGCCGCCCUCGCCGGCCGCCCGGCCGCAGCACUCGCUGCGCCGAGCGCCGUCGCCGCCGCCGCUCGUCAUCCGCGCCUCGGCCAAGCGGGCGCCGCUGCCGACGCGCGGCAAGUCCAAGUACGGCGGACGCGCGCCGCUGCGCUUCGAGGCGGGCUACGAGCGCUUUGCGCCCAACCUCACGCCCGCCGAGAUGCUGGCCGGCGGCAUCUUUGGCGGCGGGCCGUUCCGCUCGCACCACAGCUCUGUCUUGCGGCGCGAGCUGGAUGGACAUGCCGAUGCAGAGGAGUUUCCCGACGCGUGGUUCGAGGGCGUCGACGACGAGAAGCUGUGGAACGACGGCUACGACGCGGCGCAGAACCGCUUCGGCGUGCGUGCCGGCCAGACGCUGAGCGAGUGGGAGGAGGCCGGCUGGGUGCGCAGCUGCGACCCGCGCGGCUGGUGGCAGUGGUACUUCCGCUUCUACCUCGGGCGCCGCUGCGACGAUGACGAGCGGCAGAUCUCGCGCUGGGUCUCGGGCGUGGGCCACAACGGGCGCUUCAAGAAGGCGCUCGUGCGCACGCUGCUCGUCAACGGCGCCGAGUGGGACGACGAGAGCGUGUCGCCGGUCGUGCGCCAGACGCUGUGGCACUGGGCGUACGAGCUCGACGAGGCGAGCUUCCGCGCCAUUGCGCCGACGGCGCGUUGA